AUGUUACCCGAGACUUUCAAAGACACUUGUCUCUUCCAUGUCGUCAGGCUUGGGACGGGCUCAACUGUAGCGUAUAAUAUACAAAGUGAAGUAGGUGCUGAAGGCCCGCCAGUUAUCUCACUACUUUCCGAGUGA